AAGUCGGGGUAGAUAACCUGGGGUAGCAACCGAGUUCGGAUCCAGUAGAAAUAAGGAGAAGAUCGCCCAUUGAGAUUGUGAAGACAGACUGAGUCACUUCCUCUUCCUCUUCAUCUUCAUUGACUUCCCUUUCACGCCUAUAGCCACAAAGACACAACACAGAGGCAAGUAUGGCUUCCCAAGAAGUGCAGCAAGUGGUCGAUGACAAAGUCACACCAUACAGACCGGCCGAUGAGGAUGUUGUCUCCAUCAAAGGCGAGACGCUUGAGUCUCAUGAAGUCUUCCAGCAGACAGAUGAUGGCGUGCAGUUCAGAACCGUCAGCUGGCAGCGAGCCACCAUCAUCUUUCUCAAGAUCCAGUUCGCCAUGAGCAUUCUGAGCGUGCCUGGUGCUUUUGCGACGCUUGGUGCCGUUGGAGGCGGUCUGUCGCUUGUUGGCUGGCAUACUCUGAAUACAUAUACGGCAGUUAUUCUGGGAGAAUUCCGAAACCGUCACCCCGAGUGCCAUACACUCGCUGAUAUGUGCGGUCGUCUCUGGGGCCGUAUUGGCAAAGAACUCGUUGGCCUGCAAAUCCUGGUUGCUCAAGUUCUCAUCUCAGCCGCCGGCAUCGUUUCAAUCUCAACGGCUUUCAACGCCAUCUCCAACCACGGCGCAUGCACCGUCAUCUUCACCUUCAUCGGCGCGAUUUCUAUCACAUUAUUCUCCUCGGUGCGAACCUUCAGCCGCCUCGGCUGGCUUACAUGGAUCGGAUUCUUCACAUUCUUCGUGGCUGUCUUCAUCUUCGUCGUUGCUGUAACCCAGCAAGAUCGCCCUGCAAUGGCCCCUCAGACUGGUGACUACGAGCUCGGUUGGACUGCCAUCGCUCACCCAACCUUUGUAGCUGGUAUCACCGCUUCAGCCAACAUCUUUAUCAGCAACAGUGGUUCAUCUAUGUAUCUGCCUGUCCUGUCAGAAAUGAAGCGCCCCGAGCACUUCAGAAAGGCCGUGCUUGUUACAGGUGUCCUCGUGCUUGCUAUGUACCUGUCCUUCUCCCUCGUCAUCUACAGAUGGUGCGGCGUCUGGCUCGCAACCCCUGCUUUUGGAAGUGCAGGCCCUCUGUUCAAGAAGAUCUCGUAUGGAAUCGCACUUCCGGGUCUUAUCAUCGGCGUCGGCAUUUACCAGCAUGUGGCUGCCAAGUACAUCUUCGUCCGUAUCCUGCGAGACUCUCACCAUCUUCAGGAGAACACGAUGGUUCAUUGGACUACCUGGAUUGGAAGCAAUCUUACUCUCGGAAUCCUCGCUUUUAUCGUUGCCGAGGCUGUCCCCAUUCUCAACUACCUCUUGGGUCUUGCCGGAGCUAUCUGUUUUGCCCCUUUCAGUUUGAUCUUCCCUGCUCUGCUUUGGAUGCAGGAUUUCAAGCAUUACAGAACGGAUACUGCGUCUAGGAAGGCGACCUAUUGGUCACAUGCUCUUAUCGUACUCGUUGGAUCUUUCAUGGUCAUUGCCGGAACGUGAGUCAAUCGAUGGUCCUUGUACUCUGUGCGAUAACUAACCCCCUUUAAAGUUAUAGUGUGGCCGUAUCCAUCCAGGACGCAUACCGAUCCGGUCUAAUUGCGAAAGUCUUCAACUGUGCUGAUAACUCUGGAACCAUCUCUUGAGCUGUAGAGUAGCGUUUCAUAGGUCGACCCAUGGCGGCUGAUUCGGGAAGGAAAGGGAGGGGGAGACCUAGCCUAGUUGUGAAAUAGAGCAAAC